AUGGCAAUUCUAAAUGUUGACUUUUUCAAGGAGAGGAAAUACCCAUUCAUUCUUACUCUCUUGGUCUUGCUCAUUUGCGUCACAGUCUUCCUCUUCACCACAACCACCACCUCCAAAUCUGUUUUUUUCUAUUCUGAUGUCAAAGAGCAACCACCCCUCAACCCUUCCCCUGUAACCCCAGAUUCUACUACCAAUCCAAAAGAGGAAAAGCUACCCCAAAAAGUGACCAAUAUCACAGUCCCGAAGGACCAAGGAUUGCCCCAAAAAGAAGAGGCUCUCGGUAAUGUUAAUAUCGAUUGGAAGCUAUGUAAGGACCCGGUAACGAUUGAUUAUAUACCCUGUUUAGAUAAUUUUAAAGCGAUUAAGGCUCUGAAAUCAAGGAGGCACAUGGAGCACAGGGAAAGGCAUUGUCCUGAUACUAGUCUGCACUGUUUGCUGCCCCUUCCCAAAGGGUAUAAAGUCCCGGUUCCGUGGCCUAAGAGCAGGGACAUGGUUUGGUAUGAUAAUGUCCCUCAUCCAAAGCUAGUUGAGUACAAGAAGGACCAACACUGGGUUGUGAAGUCUGGUGAAUAUCUUGUCUUUCCAGGAGGUGGUACUCAAUUCAAAGAUGGAGUUGAUCAUUACAUUGAAUUCAUAGAGAAGGCAUUACCAGCAAUUCAAUGGGGAAAGCAUAUCAGGGUUGUUCUUGAUGUUGGCUGUGGUGUUGCUAGCUUUGGUGGCUAUCUGCUGGACAAAAAUGUUAUUACUAUGUCCUUCGCCCCGAAGGAUGAACAUGAAGCUCAGAUACAGUUUGCUUUGGAGCGAGGAAUUCCUGCAACUCUUUCUGUCAUUGGAACACAGAAGUUGACUUUUCCAGACAAUGGGUUUGAUUUGAUCCAUUGUGCACGAUGCAGAGUUCAUUGGGAUGCAGAUGGUGGGAAACCGCUAUACGAGCUCAAUAGGAUUCUUAGACCUGGCGGUUUCUUUGCAUGGUCUGCCACCCCAGUUUAUCGUGAUGAUGACAGAGAUCAGAAAGUAUGGAAUGCCAUGGUGGCUAUAACAAAAGCUAUGUGCUGGAAGGUUGUGGCUAAGGCUCGUGAUUCAUCUGGAAUUGGGCUUGUUAUAUACCAGAAGCCUACCACAUCUUCUUGCUAUGAGAAACGUAAAGAGAACAAUCCACCUUUAUGUGAAAAUAAGGAUGGGAAAAAUAGCUCAUGGUAUGCCAGACUCAGUAGUUGCCUUACUCCUCUUCCAGUUGAUGGUAUGGGUAACCUGCAGAGCUGGCCCAUGCCUUGGCCCCAGAGGCUUACCAGUAAGCCCCCUAGCUUAUCUGCAGAUUCAGAUGCCAGUGAUCAGUUCUACAAGGACAACAAACGCUGGUCUGAAUUAUUUUCAGAAGUUUAUGCGGAUGGUCUUUCUAUAACUUGGUCAAGUGUUCGAAAUGUAAUGGAUAUGAAUGCUGGUUAUGCAGGAUUUGCCACAGCUCUCAUUGAUCUACCAAUCUGGGUGAUGAAUGUAGUACCGAUUGAUGUGCCAGAUACUCUUUCUAUUAUAUUGGACAGAGGGUUAAUAGGAAUGUAUCAUGAUUGGUGCGAGUCCUUUAAUACCUAUCCUCGCACAUAUGAUCUCCUUCAUUCUAGCUUUCUUUUCAAAUAUCUGGAGCAAAGAUGUGACAUUGUUGAUGUGGUUGCCGAGAUAGACCGCAUAUUGAGACCUGGUGGAUAUCUCCUGGUUCACGAUUCUACGGAAAUACUUAGCAAGCUCAGUCCAAUCUUGCGUUCACUUCACUGGUCUGUAACGAUGCAUCAAAAUCAUAUUCUUGUUGGUAGGAAGAGUUUCUGGCGUCCUAAGGUAUAGGGUUGAUGAACAUGACAUAAUCUUCAAUCGCCCCCGUUUCAGUAUGUUCUGGUUAAAAAUCAAGAGCAAAAGAUUGCAUUUUAAGAAAGGAAUAUUUAUUUGACAGGUAAUCUUGUCUGAGUGUUAAGUCUGUUGAUGAGACACAUUUAUUUAUA